CAUCGACCAUGUAAUCAAUCAUGGUCUGUCCAUGAGGGAAGCUGGUCUGAGGGUUCAGCCGAACUUGCCAAGAUCAACGGUGGCAUCAAUCGUGAGGGUUUUCACACAAACUAACAGGUACUAUACAGUAUUUACAGCAUUCUGACUGAUGUGUUUGUAACAGUAGUAAUGUGAUGUGAGAAGUCUCCAAAACUCUCCUGACGUAUCAGUGCAUUUGUGUCUGACUCACUAUUGUAGGACCCAACGGUUGCCCCACUCAGGUGGAAGGGGAAGAAAAUUCACUUUGCCACAAGAAAAUGCAAUAGUGCAAAUGGUUAUUGCUAACAAUAGUAUAAGGCUAAGAGAAAUUUGUGCAAACAUCAUCGCAGACAUUGGUGUAUUUGCCAACAUUGAGAAUGUUGGCACCACGACCAUCGCCAGAGUGCUGAAAAAGCACCAAAUUCGAAUGAAGCAGCUUUACACUGUCCCCUUCGAGAGGAACUCUGAGCGGAUAAAGGAACUCCGGUACCAAUACGUCCAGAGAGCCAUGGAACUUGAAGCCAGUGAGAAUGAACAUGCGUUCAUCUUUGUGGAUGAGGCUGGCUUCAACCUGGCAAAAACACGUCGCCGUGGAAGGAACCUGAUUGGGAAAAGGGCCACGAUAGAUGUUCCAGGCCAGAGGGGUGCGAACAUCACCAUGUGCGCAGCAAUUUCGAACGAUGGACUGCAGCUGCAGAAGGCCGGCAUAGGCCCAUACAACACCGAACGCCUAAUUGCCUUCAUAGAUGAGCUUUACGAAAGGCUCACAGCAAGAGAGGUAGACAGGCAGAAUCUACCAACGUAUGUAAUUGUAUGGGACAAUGUGGCCUUUCACCACUCCCGGCAAGUCACAGGGUGGUUUGCGGCGCGUCCUAGGAUGAUGUCACUUUUCCUUCCGCCUUACUCUCCUUUCCUCAACCCCAUCGAGGAAUUAUUUUCGGCGUGGAGAUGGAAGGUCUAUGACCACCGCCCUCAGGACCAGAUGUCCCUAUUAGAGGCAAUGGCUGCUGGGUGUAUGGACAUAGCCCCAGAAGAUAUCCAGGCCUGGAUAAGGCAUUCCAAAAGAUUUUAUCCACGUUGUAUGGCAAGAGAAACCAUACGUUGCGACGUAGAUGAAAAUUUGUGGCCAAAUGCGGAGGAUAGGAGGGAUUAG